AUUCAGCGCCGGACGGCAGACGCGAAGUAUACCGAGAAGGGGUGGGUCGUCAGUUCCUGUCCUAUGGAAACGACAGUCGCGGCCUCUAGUGGAUCACGACGCUUGUUUCAUAAGCUUUGGUAAUUCAGAGAGUCGGCAGACGUACGAGCUUGCUAAAAAAUAUUCAAAAUUCAAGAUGGCCAUGUGUUACGAUGGUCUCUUGAAUUGUUGUCGUUAACUUUAGUUGUUUUGUGAGAAAAAAGUGUUUGUUCACCAUGGCUGACUUAAGUGUUGAUAUAUCAAAGUUGCCGGACGAAAUUAGAGACAAAUUAGCCGAAUUGGACUUGGAGUUAUCUGAAGGUGACAUCACCCAGAAAGGAUAUGAGAAGAAAAGGGCGCGUCUUCUCACGCCUUACAUUCCACAGCAACAGCCGCAGGAGCAUGUUAUGGAUGCAGUCGGCAGUCAGCCGAUGCGAGGGCCGCGCGGCGACGGCCCGGGCAGUCGGCAGCACACGCGCAACCGGCGCACUCACCGCCGGGUCACGCACAAUGAGAAGAGAUACCACUCAGAAGUGAGACAGGAGGCGGUGCAGCAGGCGCUCGCCGAGAUGCAAAACCGACCGAAGCCCUCAAUGCCGAUGCCCUCCAAGAGGACCUCCAUGAUGGCCAAGAGUCCUGACAGGGAGAGGCAUGAACUCUCGUCGUCGUCUGACGAAGACUCGUGCGCGGGCGAUGCGGAGUUGCCGCCGCCGCCGGAGCUGGGCUCGCCGCCCGCGCGCCGCCCCGCUGCACCGCACCCCCGCUCACACCCUCACCCCCUGCCGCACCACCCACGCGACCGCGAGCGGGACCGGGAACGAGAGAGGGAGAAGAAACACCCGCCCAGAGAGAGGACAGAGAUCGACCUCUCUGACAUCACGCAUUUGCCUGCAUAUGUCCAGCCGGACGUGACGCACACGUCGUCCGGGGCGCGGCGCGGCGGUGCUCUGGUCGCCGACCGCGUGCAGUGCUACGCCCAGCCCGAGGAUACCGGCACCGGCACCGGCAGGUGGAAGGUGUCAGCAAAAAUCCAACAGCUGCUAAACACGCUCAAGCGACCCAAGCGUCGGCCGCUGCCGGAGUUCUACGAGGAUGACGACAUCGAGCUCGAGCUGGCGGCCAAUCCGAAGGACCCUAACGCGCCCAAGCCGGAGGGCGGCACCAUGACGCCAGCGGUGGGCGAGCAGCUGGUCGUGCCGGCCGGCCUGCCCAGGAACCUGGAGGCAGCCCUGCAGCGCUACGGCACUGCUUCCUUCAAGGCCAAUGUUGCUACUGUCCUAGACCCAAAUGGGAAACUCAGCAAUUCGCUCACUUACGGCAAACUGCUCAGCCGCUCGUUGAAGAUAGCCCACGCGCUGCUCAAUAAGACGUUCACGUCCAAAACCAGUAGCGGUGGACCUCUCACCGGAGACAGCUCCAUCAAGCCCGGGGACCGAGUCGCGCUGGUCUACCCCAACAACGACCCGAUCAACUUCAUGUGCGCGUUCUACGGAUGCCUGCAGGCCGGGAUAGUCCCGGUGCCGAUCGAAGUGCCGCUGACGAGACGGGACGCGGGACUCCAGCAAGUUGGAUUCUUGUUAGGAUCGUGCGGCAUACAGUACGCGUUAACGUCUGAUGCUUGUCUCAAAGGUCUACCCAAGACAUCGUCAGGGGACGUUGUGUCGUUCCGCGGCUGGCCGUCCCUCCAAUGGGUGUCGACAGAGAAGCUGCCUCGGCCUCCGCGCGACUGGAUCCCUCCCCCGCGCCCCUCGGACGAGAGCCCCGCGCAUAUAGAGCACACGUCUGCUGCAGACGGUUCCGCAAUGGGCGUUAUAGUUACCAGGGCGUCAAUGCUGGCCCACUGCCGCAUGCUUUCGGUGGCGUGCAACUACAGCGAGGGCGAGCACAUGGUGUGCGUGUUAGACUUCAAGCGUGAAACGGGACUGUGGCACGCCGUGCUCGCCAGCGUGCUUAACGGCAUGCACGUCAUCUUCAUACCGUACGCGCUGAUGAAGGUCAGCCCCGCGUCGUGGAUGCACAUGAUCACCAAGUAUAGGGCAUCGGUGGCCAUCGUGAAGUCGCGCGACUUGCACUGGGGACUACUGGCGACCCGAGAUCACAAGGAGAUAUCGCUGAGCUCGCUGCGGAUCCUUCUGGUGGCUGACGGCGCGAACCCGUGGUCACUUUCCUCGUGCGACCAGUUUCUGUCCGUGUUCCAGAGCAAAGGAGUGCGCGGCGAUGCGAUCUGUCCUUGCGCGUGCAGCAGCGAAUCGAUGACGGUAUGCGUGAGGCGCGCCGGCCGCGGGGGCUCCUCUGCCGGCCGCGGCGUACUUUCCAUGUCGGGCCUCUCUUACGGCGUGGUCCGAGUCGACGCGGAAAACUCACUUACAUCACUAACACUACAGGACUGCGGACAGGUUAUGCCAUCAUGCGUCAUCGUUGUUGUCAAGAUGGAAGGUCCCGCAUAUCUCUGCAAGACCGACGAAGUUGGCGAGAUCUGUGUUCUUUCCGGUGCCACUGGGUCCGGGUACUGGGGCCUGCCCGGCCUCACCAACACCGUGUUCCGCGUCCGUCCGCUCGACUCUGAUGGUGAACCCAUCGGCGAAGAACACUACGUCCGCAGCGGGCUUCUGGGCUUCUUGGGUCCUGGUGGGCUGGUAUUCGUGUGCGGCUCGCGCGACGGCCUGAUGACUGUCACCGGACGUAAGCACAACAUGGACGACAUCAUCGCCACGGUCCUCGCAGUGGAACCUAUGAAGUUCAUAUACAGGGGCCGCAUCGCCGUGUUCUCUGUGAGGGUGCUGCGCGACGAGAGGAUCUGCAUCGUGGCGGAACAACGGCCCGACUGCGGUGAGGAAGAGCUCCGCCAACAGUCGUUCCAGUGGAUGUCGCGAGUGCUGCAGGCGGUCGACUCGAUCCACCAGGUCGGCAUCUACUGUCUGGCCUUAGUACAGCCCAACUACUUGCCCAAAACGCCGCUCGGUGGCAUCCACCUUAGCGAAUGCAAGCGACGGUUCCUGGAGGGCACGCUGCACCCCGCCAAUGUUCUCAUGUGCCCGCACACCUGCGUCACCAACUUGCCCAAGCCGAGGGAGAUACAUUCUGACGUCGGACCUGCUUCAGUGAUCGUAGGGAAUUUGGUGCAAGGCAACCGACUCGCGUCGGCGCAGGGCCGCGACAUGGGCUACUCUGAUGACUCUGAUGCCGCCAGGAAGUACCAGUUCAUCUCGCAGAUCCUGCGCUGGCGAGCGCAGAGCACAUCAGACCACGUGAUAUUCACGCUACUCAACUCGAAGGGUGCCGUGUCGAAGGUGCUGACAUGCGCGGAACUGCACAAGAAGGCGGAGAGGAUCGGCAUCCUGUUACUAGAGAAGGGGCGCGUGAACACCGGAGACCAUGUGGCCCUCAUUUUCCCCCCAGGGCUGGACCUUAUCUGCGCCUUCUACGGUUGUCUGUAUGUGGGCGCCGUGCCCGUCACCAUACGCCCGCCACACCCCCAGAACCUGCACACCACCUUGCCCACCGUCAGGAUGAUCGUCGACGUCAGCAAGGCCACGCUGGUCCUUUCCAAUCAAUCUGUGAUAAAGUUGCUGCGUUCAAAGGAGGCGAGCAACGUCCUCGACAGCAAGUCCUGGCCGCUCACUCUCGACACAGACGAUAUGCCCAAGAAGAAGCUACCGAUCUUAUACCGCGCGCCCACUGCUGAAAUGUUGGCGUACUUGGACUUCAGUGUAUCCACCACUGGAAUGCUCGCUGGAAUAAAGAUGUCUCACGCGGCGGUGACGUCACUCUGCCGCUCUAUGAAGAUCGCUUGCGAACUUUACCCUUCGCGACACAUCGCCCUAUGUCUCGAUCCAUACUGCGGUCUGGGUUUCGCCCUGUGGUGUCUCAGCAGUAUUUAUUCGGGACACCACUCCAUCCUCAUCCCGCCGUCUGAAGUCGAAAUCAACCCAGCUCUGUGGCUAAGCGCUGUCUCGCAAUAUAAAGUACGGGACACUUUCUGCUCGUAUGGCGUGAUGGAACUAUGCACCAAAGGUCUCGGCAGCUCUGUUAACCAGCUUAAAAACAAAGGAAUCAACCUGGCGUGCGUGAGGACCUGCGUCGUGGUGGCCGAAGAGCGCCCGCGUAUUAACCUCACUAAUUCCUUCUCGAAAUUGUUCUCCGCUUUAGGCCUCAGCCCACGGGCCGUGUCCACUUCGUUCGGAUGCCGCGUGAACAUCGCAAUUUGCCUCCAAGGCGCUUCUAGCCCUGAGCCGUCGACGGUAUAUGUCGACCUUCGCGCGUUGAGGAAUGACCGAGUGUCAUUGGUGGAGCGCGGCAGUCCUCACUCGCUGUGUCUGAUGGAAUCUGGAAAACUGUUGCCAGGCGUAAAGGUGAUUACGGCCAACCCGGAGACCAAGGGUCAGUGCGGAGACUCGCACUUAGGCGAAAUAUGGGUGCAGUCGCCGCACAACGCGAGCGGAUACUUCACGAUCUACGGCGACGAGAGUGACUAUGCGGACCACUUCAGCGCGCAGUUGGUGACGGGCAGCACGGGCGAGGUGUACGCGCGCACCGGGUACCUCGGCUUCCUGCGGCGGACGGAGAUCACGACGAGCGCCGGCGGGGACGACACGAGCGUGUCGGUGCGGGACAGCGACACGGAGUCGCUCGCGUCGGCGUGCAGCGCGGGAGGGCUCGGCGUGCCCGGCGACGCGCACGACACGCACGACGCCGUGUUCGUGGUGGGCGCUCUCGACGAGACGGUCACGCUGCGCGGCAUGCGCUACCACCCCAUCGAUAUAGAGAACUCCGUCAUGCGCUGCCACAAGAAGAUCGCCGAAUGUGCGGUAUUUACGUGGACGAACCUGCUGGUGGUGGUCGUGGAGCUGGACGGCAACGACAGUGAGGCGCUGAACCUGGUGCCGCUGGUGACCAACACGGUGCUGGAAGAGCACCACUUGAUCGUGGGCGUGGUCGUGGUGGUAGACCCCGGUGUGGUGCCGAUUAACUCACGCGGCGAAAAGCAGCGCAUGCACCUACGCGACGGGUUCCUCUCCGACCAAAUCGACGCCAUAUACAUCGCCUACAAUAUGUAAAAGCCGCGCACGCGCUCGCACGCCGCGCACGCGCACGCGCCCGACCGAACGCGCACUCUCAACAAAACGAACAGGUCAAACACUAACAACCGUGUUCUCUCUCUGUGUUCACUCCCUACAAUACGUCUUUUUCCUUAAAGAUUAAUUUGUAGCUCUUGACUGGUAUCGAUACGACAUUUUAUUAUUUUCCCUUAGUGAUCCUCACGCUAAUCGCGUCGCUUGUGCGCGAUACAAGACUGAUGGAAGUCUGAGCUCUGAUUCUACAAUUUAACGACGCUUGUGAUGUUUUAGUGUGCAGUGUUGACCGUGACUUGGCCGCGUUCGGUUCAAGUCGGUUGGUAGGUUAGCAAGGAUUGGCCCGCGGCGGCGCAAGUCGACUGAGUCAUGAAUCCGAGUGAUUCGAGUCAUUUAGUAUUGUCAGUAGGAAAGUUCCAAGUUUGUCGUCGAUUGACAAACGGCUUUCAAUUUUUUUUAUAAUCAUAUUGUUGUGAUUACGUAAUGUAAUUUAUAAUGCUAGCGCAUAUUUAACAAAAUAUUACAAUUAAUAAUAUUGAACUUAGAGUUAGUACUCCAUCAAUAUGAAUAUUGCAUUUAAUGUGCCCUGUUUGAUUUUGAUCUUUCGACUUUCGUUUUUUAAUGAUUGACAAUAAAUUGACAGGUUGGCGCUAUAAAAAGGCAAUGUAUCAGUUGACAUAAAAUGUGUUUGGAAAUUUAUAUGUUUAGUUAAUUUAUUUUGUAAGCAUAUUGUAUUACUAUCAAUAGCAAAUGAGAAUGAUUUUGUUUAUGACAUUAGUUUGUGUAGGAUACACACCGCGUUUAUUGUAUACUAUUGUUGUUCUUUUACCAUAAAAUUCACAAAGGAUAGUUUUGAAAUUUUUAUUUGGUGCUUUAUAUUACAAUCAAAAUAAGCGAUGCGUGUUCAAUGGCUCUGUUGUUAUACACUAUAAUCUGCACAAUAAGUACGAGGUGCGUUGUCCUGCACAAAGCGUGUUUUAUUAAUAUGCCGAAUUUGUGAAUGUAUUUUCUUUAUAUUUUAUGUAGUUAACCAUAUUCAAUGAUAGGCACGUAAGAAUUUAAUGAUUUCCGCUUUUACUCCAUGUGCCCAGCUCUGUCAGAUCUCAAGACGAAGGCAGAACUAUCACAUAUUAAAUAACUUUAUUAGAUAAUACGUGAAAAUAUAUAGCAUAGUCGUUUAGAAUGAUUAUACUUCAUUUUAUGUAUUAUGUUUCACUUUUUGUUUCAUCUUCCAUUCCAGUUUGCGUUCUGAACGUUAUUUUAUAUGCAGAGCAAAAGAAAACAAAUUAUUUUCAACUAGAUUCCACUAUUUACUAUAUCAUUUAUUAUUAUUUUGUAAUUAUUUAUUGCUAAAUUGUACAUAUAUUUUUGUUAUUUAAUUUUACGUUGAGCGCUACAACUGCGGUUAUAAGAUAGAGGUGUUUCCACUGUGGAGUUAAUGGUUUUAUAUGUAAGUACGUGAAUUCGGAACGUUUGGAGUUUUCGCAGGAGCCUACACGGCGCGUGUACACAUUUAGUUGCUUUUUGGAAUAUUUUUUAUAGUUAUUACAAAUGUAGUCAGUUGAAUAAGUGUAUUGUAGUUACUCAGUUUACGAACAAUUUAUUGUAAUCGUCGAUUAUUAUAGAAGGCAUAUGAACCCUUGAAGUGUUCGCUACACCACACAUUAUCGCACACAUGUUACGCUCGCAGCUUACCGACUACCGAAUAUUGAGUACGCACAAAAUUCCAAAUUCUUUAAACGUUGUACUUGUUUUGUGUCAUAUGUAUUGGUCUGUCGCCAAAGAUGUCGGUUGGAACAUUGUGACAUAUUAUAAUUAUACAGUUGUGAUUUUUCUGAAUCAAAUAAAUAAUAAACGUGAAUUCUGA